AUGGUGUCUUCGGGGCUCACGAUUCCCUUUUCAUUUGAACAAGGCGUUGAAGUCGAUGAAUUGGAGCGAUUUGCUUUCUGGGACUCUCCCGACGUGGUCAAAUGGUUCAAGGAUCACGGUUAUACCCUGUACAAGCGCAGCGUUUACAGAGGCGAAGAAUUGGCCACGUUUCCCAUAUUCCCACCAGACCCUCAAAGUGGACCUGUUGAAGCCGAUUUCCCAUAUGCUCACCAUGAUAUGGAUACCAUGGAGAUUCCUGAGGAAUACCAAACAGACCCACCUCUAUCUGGUGUUGAUACAUCUGGAAAAAUUCUAUAUGCUCAGGACUCCCUGAAACGACAUGUUGUAAUCAAGCUUGUGCCAGACAACACAGACGAGUAUCGAGUACUGCGGUUUUUGAGCGAGCAAAGUAUGGAUACGUUGAAGGAGAACUGUGUUAUUCCUGUACUGGAUCUCCUACCAAUAGAGGGGUUCUGGCUCGCGGUGAUGCCAAGUGGCUUGCAGAUGGGGCACUGGUAUUUAUCAGCCUCUACCACGGACAUUAGGGAUGCAAACGUUGUAGUGAACCAUUUUGCAGAUUCACGAUUUUCACCGGAUGGGUACCAUCAGCGUGGUACACUGCGCACCGAAAGGCGCCUGUUGUACGCCCUCAUUGACUUUGACUUUUCAGUCAUGCUGGCACCAGACGCUGAUAGGACUAAAUUUCGAUUGCCUUACCAGCGAUUUUGGGGAACAUACAACUACCACACAGAGUAUCUUCCUGUCUUAGCACCUCUGCUAGAUAUGAUGACAACCUGGGAUCUUAAACGACGGUUUACUGCGGCUGAAGCUUUGAAAUUUUUCGAGCAAAACCUUUCAGAGUUAACGCAGAAGGAGCUAGAAGUGGCGGCAGAUGCCUCCGGCCUUGAUGGAAAAGUGGAAGGUGUAUAG